AUGAAAAUUCGCCAAGUAGAAGCAUUUGCAGUCUUUGACCCACUCCCCAGUCAAACUUUGAAGCUUUGGAUCCCGUCAAACUCUUUGGUCCCUCGUCAAACUUUGUUCUCCUCCAUCAAGUUUUUAAACUUUGGUCCCCCAUCAAAUUUUGGUACCUACGUCAAACUUUGGUACCUACGUCAAACUUUUUCUUUUGUCAAACUUUGGACCCCAUCAAAUUUUGGUACCUACGUCAAACUUUGGUACCUACGUCAAACUUUGGUACCUACGUCAAACUUUGGUACCUACGUCAAACUUUGGUAUCUACGUCAAACUUUGGUACCUACGUCAAACUUAGGCCUCCCGUCAAACUUUGGUUUCCUCGUCAAACUUUGA